CAGCUUGCGCGCGUACCUAGUAUACGUAACUUUGAGAGCUCCUACGUAAGUACCUUAGUGAACGUUAUUUUAAAGGUUACCUUUUGGUGCGAAUGUGGUGGCACGCGGGGUAAAGGGAUCCUUAAAAGAGUAGAACUUCCAUCCUCUGCCUCCUUGUCACCUACCUAUAUAGCAUAGGAUUCAACAAUCUUGACGCCAGUGGGAGAAGAUAAGUCACGUCCGUUUAGUACAUUCAAGGCGGGUACCUGUGUCAAUUCCCUGCUAUUGUCGACCGCUCAGGGGUCCAGGUAAUAUGACAGCAUCUGGAUUGCUUCUGGGUAGCUGCCCUUUAGACGCGGAUAACCAAUUCGGUCCCCGGAUCAACGUGGCUUGUCGCCCUUUCGACUUCACCCUGCUAUUCGAAGAUGCCUGUUUCAUUGGUCUUCCAGCCGUUCUGUUCCUUCUUUUCCUGCCAUGGCGGCUUCGGAUGUUGUGGAAGACUCCAGUCAAGAUGAAUUCUCAUCGGCUGGCAACAUGGAAACUGGCUUUACUUUCCGCCCUUCUAGUUUUUCAUCUUCUCUUCCUUGUCCUCAGUCUACGCACACCGAGUCUGCACACAAGGUUCUCUGCCUGCGCUGGAAUACUAAGCUCAGCGGCCGUCUUAGCAGCAGGAGUUCUGUCCUUUGUGGAAGACCAGCGCUCAGUCCAGCCCUCGGAUCUGUUGGUCGUUUACUUCUCGGCAUCCUCCAUACUCUCUAUACCCCGACUACGCUCGCUCUGGCUCGUUCCCUCUCCAGCAGGAGCCAUAUUUUUCGAGUCUGUGGGAAAGAGUAAGUCGCUACUGCCACGGUAUCAGAAUGUCACCAAAGAGCAAACGGCUGGUUUCUGGAGUCGGGGCUUUUUCGUUUGGAUGCUUCCGUUCUUUCAGACUGGAUACUCCCAGAUCAUUACGCUCCGAGACAUCCCGAAGGUCGACGACCUCCUCUCAGAGGAGGUGGCAUGGACAAAACUGGAUGCAUGCUGGCGACGUAACGCUGGCCGCUACCGGCUAUUCCGCGCCACGUUUGCCGCAAAUGCAUGGCCCUUCUUCUCUGCCCCCUUUCUCAUCGAGUCGGUAGUAUCAUACCUCUUAUCGAGGACGCAUAAGAACCAAGAAGAAUAUGGGCAUGCUAUCAUUGGUGCUUUCGUUCUUCUGUACCUUGGCAUUGCCAUUUCACGGGCGAUAUACUGGCGCCAGACCAACCGUAUGAAUACUAGAAUACGAUCGGGCCUUAUUGCCAUGAUAUAUCGACAUAUCACUGCUCUCCGGGCCAUUGAUGUGAAGGACUCGGAAGCUAUCACUUUGAUGGGCACGGAUGUGGAGCGCAUUGUUCAAGGCUUGAGACUUAUUCACGAAGUAUGGGCAUCAAUUCCCGAGGUUGGAAUCGCAGUCUGGCUCUUGGGGCGGCAAGUGUCCUAUGUUGCCGCGGUGCCAUUAAUUAUCUGCAUGGCGUCGGUGGCCGCAGCGUCAAUCGUUGGGCGACGUUCUGGGCCAGCUCAGAAGGCAUGGAACGAGCGGGUCGAGAAGAGAGUUGCCGUCACGGCCAACAUGCUUGGUGACAUGAAAGCUGCCAAGAUGUUAGGUUUGUCUAAUGUGUUCAGCACCAUCAUUGAUGACUUGCGAAAGGUCGAAAUACGGACAUCGGAGAAAUUCCGCUACCUUCAACUAUGGCAGAUUCUAGCUGGAAAUGUGCCCAUAACCCUCGCCCCCUUUGCGACAUUCAGCGCCUAUGCUAUCAUUGCAGUCGUCAGGAAGGACGAGACUCUGUUAUCGGCACAGGCGUUUGCGUCUCUUUCUCUCAUCAGCCUAGUGACUACACCCCUACUUUUAUUCUGUCAAGCCUUGCCUGCUUGUAUGCAGGCCGUGGCAUGCUUUGGUCGUAUCGAAUCAUAUUGCUCAAGGCAGGCCUUGGGGCCAUCACUGCCAUCAUCUUUGCUCCUGGAGGAUCCUGCCGAUGGCUCCUGGGAAAGCGGCACACCACUAAGCGACCUUCGUUCGCCACCCCUAUCUUCCAGGAGACCGGACGCUGUUCUUGCAUCUUUCGUCUCUGCGAAUAUUUCUUGGUUACCAGAUGCUACUGAGCCAGUAUUACGUGACUUGAAUUUGACUAUCAGGUCUGGCUUGACAGCUAUCACUGGGCCAGUUGGUUCGGGGAAAUCGACCUUUUUGGAGACUUUGGUCGGGGAAACGACAGUGAUACAGAGGUCUGCUGUGACAAAUUUGUCUGGGGCUGCCCUUUGUACUCAAGUCCCAUGGAUCAUGAACGACACCAUUCGACGCAACAUUACGGGAGACCUGGAGGUUGACCAGAAAUGGUAUGACUUUACUAUCAUAUCCUGUGGGCUCCAGCGUGAUCUCGAUAACUUGGUUGGUGGUGACCAGACCAUUGCUGGAAGCAACGGCUCGUCUCUAAGCGGAGGACAGCGGCAACGAGUGUCUCUUGCCAGGGCUGUCUACUCUCGGCUCCCUGUUAUUAUUAUGGAUGACGUGACUAGCGGUCUGGAUCCCACGACAGCCAGCAUCAUAGCUACUCGUCUCUUCAGCAAGCAAGGCCAUUUCCGGAAAGCUGGUAUAUCUGUUGUACUUGCUACGCACAGCAGACACCUUCUCGCUCACAUGGAUGAAAUCAUUGUCCUCAAGAACGGCAAGGUUGUCGAUAGUGGCCCCUACAACGAGAUUCGGUCGCGAGGCGUCGAGCUCGCUGAAUCCGAGGAGCUUACUGUCGAACCCGAGCAGGAGUGUCUACAGUACUCUGCAGAUGGGCAAGGUGGUAUCGACAAGCCAUCAACCUCCCAGAUUGCUGCCCCAACUGAAAACUGCGAGACGGUGCAUUCGGCCGGAGUCGAUCUUCGGCGGCGCCAGGGAAGCUGGUCUGUUUAUGCGUACUACUGCCGAAGUGCCGGGGCUCUCUGCGUGAUCUCAUGGGCGACUUUCACGCUCAUCGGGGCCGUCGCUUCAAAUUUCAUGACGAUAUGGAUCGAAAGGUGGACGGAGGCGAAUAGCGAUGAACCCAACCGGCAACUGAGUUUGUAUCUCGGCGUAUACACCGUCUUGGUUGUAUUUUCUACUCUUGCCACGAUAGGCGAAUGCUCGAUAUCCAUGGUCGGAGUCAUCAGCAACACUGCCCUAAAGCUACACUCCGACCUCCUAGAGUCUACUCUUAAGGCGCGGUUUACUUUAUUUCAAAGCACCGAUACUGGUGCUAUUACGAAUAGAUUCAGUCAAUACAUGGACCUUAUCGACAUGACUCUCCCCAUGCAAGCCAUCCAGUUCACCUCGGGCACCACAUACUGCCUUGUCCAGUUGAUCAUCCUCUGUGUUCUCGGAAAAUAUCUAGCGGCGGUCGUCCCCAUCCUGGCCGCAGUUCUAGUCGUCAUCCAACGGUACUAUCUCCGCUCCUCGCGCCAAGUCCGGCUCAUCGACAUCGAGGCGAAAGCCCCGCUGUACAAACACUUCAUCGAGACCAUCCGCGGAGUCCCAACCAUUCGCUCGUUCCACUGGCGAGCCGCAUUCCACCAAAGGCACAGGGCGAUGCUGGAUGACUCCCAGAGGCCGUUCUACAUGCUCCUGUGCAUCCAGCAGUGGCUCGCGCUGGUGCUGGACUUGAUCGUGGGAGCCAUGGCGGUCAUCCUCGUUGCGAUUGCAAUCUCCCUGACUGGCAGCAUCAGUGCCGGGGCCCUUGGCGUUUCGCUCGUGCUGAUAUUGCAGUUCAGCGAGCUUCUCACACAGGCUAUUCAGGCUUGGACUAAGCUGGAAACGUCGAUCGGGGCAGUAGCGCGGGUCCAGGACUUUGUAAAGGAGACUCCCUCUGAACCUGCUGGGACCGCAGUCCCGCCUGCCGACUGGCUGGUGCGAGGAGCGAUUGGCUUGGAACAUGUUUCUGCUAGCUACAUGUCCGACGACACCCCGGUUCUGUCAGACGUGAGCCUGAGUCUCCCUCCUGGGGAAAAACUCGCCGUUUGUGGAUCUUCAGGCAGUGGGAAGACGUCUCUUAUCAUGACUCUACUACGUAUGAUAGACAUGAGGGCGGGUUUGAUAAUGAUUGACGGUGUAGACAUCUCCACAUUGGAUGGAAUCGAAGUUCGCUCGAGAAUCAACGUCAUCCCUCAAGAUCCGUUCUUUAUGCCCGGCACCGUUAGAUUUAACCUCGAUCCCCAAGGGCGGACAUCGGAUGACUCUAUCGAGGCAGCUAUACUCAGAGUUGGACUGUGGGCAAGACUUCUGUCUUUGGCCCGGGCACUGCUAGUACCUAGCAAGAUUCUUAUUCUGGACGAAGCUACGAGCAGUGUUGACGAGAAGACCGAGGCAAUCAUGCAGGAGGUGAUAGACACUGAGUUCCGGGGGCAAACGAUCAUCUCGGUCCUUCACCGGUUUACACACAUUCACAAGUUCGACCGGGUGGCCGUCCUGAAUCGCGGCAGUCUUGUCGAAUGCGACACGCCGCAGGCCUUACUUGGACAAGAGUCGGCUUUCCGUGAGCUAUACCGUGCGUAUAUCUAA